AUGCCUGGAUCUGUCCAGGAGAUUCCCCGCAGCCCCAAUGAGACUCGUUUGCGUGUGGGUUCUGCCUGCUCCGGCUGGUGUUCCGAGCUCUUUGCCCUCAGGAGACUUGGGAUACCUGCCGAAGCCAGUUUUGCUGCCGAGUGCGAUGCAGCCGCCCGCCUGAUGUGCCAGGAGUUGUGGGGACACAGGUUCUUUCCAACCGACGCUUUGGACGACGCAUUGCUAGAGAGCACUCCUGAUGUGGAUUUCUUCUGCGCAGGCCCGCCUUGCCAGGCCUUCUCGGUGGCGGGGAUGGCCUUGGGCGCAGCAGAUGCCAGGGCUGGGCUUAUGCUCCAGGUGUUGCUCUACAUUGCCCGCCGCCGGCCUGGCUGCUUCAUCAUUGAAAACGUGGUUGGCUUGCCGCUGCGCCAUGGGGACUUCUACGAUUGGAUGGUGCAGUAUCUGACAGACUUAAAAGACAAGCAUGGCCGGCCCGCGUACAAAGUCGAGUGGACAAUCUUGAAUGCAAGGCUACACUCGGGCAUCCCGCAGCACCGCGAGCGUGUCUUUCUGGUGGGUUUGCGUCGGGACCGGCAGCGCAAGCCCCUCAAGUGGCCUGCCGAGGUGCCUAUGCGAAACCUCUCUCAGUAUCUGCUGCCACCGACGCUACCGCGUUCUGACAUCGAUCCGGAGUCCUUACCCAAUGCCACGGCUGCACGGAAUGUGACAGAGUUCGUGCGGACUCUGUGUUCACGUGGCGAGGAUCCGAUGCAGCCUGGCUACGUGCUGAAUGUGGGCGGGACCUACCCACACUGGAACAAGGGCUAUUGCCCGUGCAUUACCAGAAGUCGAGGUGCCUCUCGGGGAUUCUAUCUUCCUUGGCUAAGUCGUUCUUUGUCAGUGCAGGAAGUCACGAUGCUACAAGGCGUGCUUCCCGGGGAAUUACCAGAAGGCCUCCUAAGUGACACGCAGCUAGGGGGCCUAGCCGGCAACGCCAUCCCGAUUGAUUUAUUGGCGGCAGUCCUCCGUAGCGUCCUUACGGCUGCCGGUUUCCUGUAA